AGCUUCUUCCUGAAAUUCUCUCCCACACAUCCCCCUUCGCUUUCCCUCACGGUUGUUUGUUUUCUGAGUCCACGUUAGACCGUUAUAUGAGCGCUGAUGUCUGAAGAAACACGUCUGCCGAGCACAGAUGCCCCGCCUUCCGCGGAGGUCAAAACCGAAGACGUCGAAAUGGAGCAGGAAACCAUGCAAGAAGCGCAGGAAAAGCAACCAGAAACCCUCAAAAGAAAAUACGAUGAUGCCGCCGCUAAAAACGGCAAAAGUGAGCCCAAUGGCAAAUCAGAGGCUAACGGUGUAAAACUCGAAGGCGCUUCGACUCUUACGCCCGUGAUUGUAGCGCCGCGCGCACCGCAACUCGAAUACAUUCCUUUAAAAACUGGCUUGGCCUACGACGUGCGAAUGCGCUACCACGCAAAGAUCUUCACGUCCUACUACGAGUACAUCGACCCGCACCCCGAGGAUCCGCGCCGAAUCUACCGCAUCUACAAGAUUCUCGCGGAGGCCGGGCUUAUCAACGACCCGUCGCUCAUCGGUGCGGACGAUAUCGGUGACUUGAUGCUCAAAAUCCCUGUGCGCGAGGCCACGCGUGAGGAAAUUCUCCAGGUUCACACUCCGGAACAUUUGGACUUUAUCGCCUCCACCGAAAAAAUGGACAAGGAGGCCUUGCUCGAACGCACAGAGAAAGGCGACUCUGUCUACUUCAACCAUGAUUCGUACAUGGGGGCUAAGCUCUCUUGUGGUGGCACCAUCGAGGCGUGCAAGGCCGUGGUUGAGGGCAAAGUGAAGAACGCGCUUGCGGUUGUACGUCCUCCUGGCCACCAUGCGGAACCCAACGCUCCCGGCGGCUUUUGCCUCUUCUCCAACGUCGCGGUGGCGGCCAAAAAUAUCUUGCAGAACUACCCCGACUCUGUGCGAAAAAUCGUAGUGCUCGAUUGGGACGUCCACCACGGUAACGGGACACAACGCGCGUUCUUCGACGACCCGCGUGUCUUGUACAUCUCGUUGCACCGCUACGAGCAGGGUAAGUACUACCCCGGGACAACGUACGGUGGGGCGGACCAGGUUGGUGAAGGACCCGGUGCUGGGUUCACCGUCAACAUCCCAUGGCUGGUGCCGGGCAUGGGCGACGGGGAUUAUCUCUACGCGUUCCAGAAAGUGGUGAUGCCCGUGUGCUACGAAUUCGCGCCGGAUUUGGUCAUCAUCUCCUCCGGCUUCGACGCCGCGGCUGGUGAUAUUAUCGGGGGCUGCCACGUGACGCCUCCAGGCUACGGCCACAUGACACAUUUGAUGAAAGGCUUAGCGCGGGGCAACUUGUGUGUAGUGCUCGAAGGAGGCUACAACUUGGACUCGAUCUCGGUGAGCGCGCUUGCAGUCGCUCAGACAAUGGUGGGUGAGGUUCCGGGCGAGCUUGCAACCACGUUACCGAAGCCCGAGACGAUCGAAACGAUCGAGGAGGUCAUCCGCAUCCACGCCAAGUACUGGAAGUGCCUCCAGCCGGGCCACAUGGCCGUGGCGCUGCAGUCGGAGAAGAGCCUCCGUCUCGGCGAUAGCUUGCGCACGCACCAGGCAAAUACGCUCUUCCACAACCACCAAUACAUCACGUUGCCUAUCUUGGAGAGCAAGUUCCACGCGACGUUGGAGGACCAGAUCGUCGCCAGUCCUGACAUCUACGACUGCCAGACAAUUGUCAUUUCCGUGCACGACCCACCAGAGAUCUGGGGGCUGACGGACGCGCUCUCUGGGACCAUCGACAGCAUCAACUCUGUGGUGGUGGACCCGUCGCAGCAGGUUCUCGAGUGGGCGCAGGCGCGUAAAUAUGGCGUCAUCGACAUCUGCGUUCCGUUGCACUGCGACGAUGACUAUACGUACAACCCGCAGCUUGCAGGCCAAGAGCUCUUGCUCUAUGUGUGGGAUCACUACCUUCAAUUUUUCCAGGCCUCCAAGAUCGCGUUUGUCGGUGUCGGCGAGGCCUACUCCGGGAUUGUGCACCUUCUCGGGCACCGCGACGUGCGAGCGCUUGUGAAGGCGUCGAUCGGUAUCGUGGACAAACAACCGUUGCGGGCAAUUGUACCGUUGAUCGAUGAGAACGUCACCGAGUGGUACUUCCGCAACUCGUUGGUGUUCACGUCCGCAAAGCACCCGUGCUGGGAGAACGCUAACGGCGAUGCCAUCAAGAAGCCACGGAAGAAGUUUGGCCGUGUUUUGAAGGGUGACAGCGUUGGGAUGGUGGACAUCUUUGGUGAGCGCUUCGACGAGGGCUGCGACUUUAUUUUGGAUGCGUUUGAGGAGUUUGACAGUAGUGAUGAUUAGAGGGUAGAAUAAACGUAAUUUAUAAGGGUGGCUCCUAGUAGAUCCAUUGGUGGUGUCUUAGUCGUCUAGCUCGAUAGGUAAGGAAUGGCAGCUUCGAAUAGAUUGGUCUUUGAAUUUAUGGUUGAGUUUCGAUAUUUUGUACAACCUGUUAUUGCCCCCGCUGCUAGUACCCAGCAAUAUGUACUCUUUGCUCUUUAGCUUGGGAACCACGCAGCAACGCCCAAGUCUGAUCAAGUGUACUCACAGCUUUCCUGUUGUUUGCCGGGGUAAAUACUGGGCGCUCGAAUUCUAAGCAUUGUUGAC